UGCAAUUAUUCAUUUCUCCUUUAUGGUCAAUUUUCAAACCGUUGGCACUUCUACAAGUCAAAAGGGACGCCAUCCAUACGUCACUGCCAAAUCCAAGUCCCUGAUUGGUCAAAAAGUUCCAGCAUGCAUUCAGUGGAUGCACGUUUUGUACGCAAAAACCAAAAAGGUCAUAAAAACGUGCACAGUUAUACAUAAAUGCGCGGGUUUUGAACUUGGAAGCCCAAAACCCACUUUUACACACUUUUCAGUGGACUUGCGCUGCAGAGGGCGAUGUAAAGGUAGCUUUCCAGGUGUUACAGGUGUUCCCAACCAGAGGGAGGCGCUGUGACGGCUGCUGCAUCUCCUAGCUGGUUUGGUCCGGAUGCUGAUGUAGACGCUGCCGCCUGAGCUCAGAGAGGGGCAACGGACAGACGGAGAGACGCAAACCCGUUUUGUUGUUUUCAGGUUUGCCAGGGUUCUCCAGCAUGUUCGGCAAGAAGAAGAAACGGCUGGAGAUCUCAGCUCCGUCGAACUUCGAGCACCGUGUCCACACGGGCUUCGACCCGCGGGAGCAGAAGUUCACCGGACUGCCGCAGCAAUGGCAGAGCCUGCUGGCGGACACUGCCAACCGGCCCAAACCCAUGGUGGACCCCUCCUACAUCACCCCCAUCCAGCUGGCGCCCAUGAAGAUAUCUCCCAAGAAAGUCCGGUCGUCUGAAACGCCGUUUCCCAAAACCAUCGUUCGGGGGAACCGGCCGCCCAAAGAUGCAUCCAUCAACGGCCUGCUGGAGGAGUUCGACAACAUCUCGGUGACGCGCUCCAACUCCCUGCGGAAGGAGAGUCCGCCCGGCCUCCACCAGGCUGGAAUUGGCUCCAAGCCCCUGGGAGGGGGUCAUCCCCCCGCUCCCGAGGAGAAUGGAUUCAACCACUACUACUCCCGCUACUCAUGUGACCUGGACACGUCCAGCAGGGACUUUUUACUGGAUCCCGGGAAGCCCAGCUUCUCCAUCGACGGGGACUGGGCUGUUGGGAGGCACUAUCGAUUCACCAAGCAGAAUGGCCACUCGCAUCUCAUCCGUAGCCCCUUCUACCCGGACGCCAUGCCUCAGAAGUCAGACUAUGGCAAGCUCCCCCCAGACUACCACACCUACCUGGAGAGCAAAGGGCGCUCCGCCGACGAGGUGGCCUCCACGGUGGGGAGCGGAGUGGGCUCCAGUGGGUACUACCGCGCUUCGGUGGGGGGCUCGUCCAGCCAGGACUACCGGGACACGUCAGUGGGCACGCCGUCCCGCGCCUCCCUCCACAGCGAGCAGAUCACCUACCCAGACAGCGAGUGGAGCUACGGCGGCCUGCGGGACGAAUACGACAAGCGGCCCAAGAGUUCCUACGUGACCCAGACCAGUCCCACGCCAGCCAUCCGACAGAGGUCGCGCUCAGGAUCCGGCCUGCAGGAGCAAAUGGUCCCCUAUGUGGCCGGGGGCCCUUUCAAGAACCCCCCCCAGGCUCAUUCAUACAGCUCCUACACCUACCCCCGCCUCUCUGAGAGUCUGGCUAACGCUCAGGCCGCAGCCAAGGGCGACUACGAGCGACCGCCUCGCAGCGACAUUCCUCCGGUUGUAGGCGUUGACGCCGGCCCCCGAGGGCCUCUUAAGCUACCUCAGAGCCAUGCCAAACCGCCUGGUUAUCCCCCGGCACACCUACCAUACCCCCCUGUCUUUCACCAUUACAAACCCUCUCCGUACCAUCACCCCCCCUCCCAGCCCAGCCCACCGUACACCCCUCAGGGUGCCUACUCCCAGCCGUCGUCCCCCUACAUUCUCCCGGGGGCUUAUCCCCCGCCCUCAUGGGGCUCCAGUUCAGACACUCAACCCUCCAGAGUCUCUCAUGAGCAGUUCAGAGCUGCCCUCCAGCUGGUGGUCAACCCAGGUGACCCCCGGGAAUACCUGGACAACUUCAUCAAGAUUGGCGAGGGCUCCACGGGUAUCGUGUGCAUCGCCAGCGAGAAGCACAGCGGCAAGCAGGUGGCGGUGAAGAAGAUGGACCUGAGGAAGCAGCAGAGGAGGGAGCUGCUCUUUAAUGAGGUUGUGAUCAUGAGGGACUACCAUCAUGAAAACGUGGUGGACAUGUACAACAGCUAUCUGGUGGGAGACGAGCUGUGGGUGGUCAUGGAGUUCCUUGAGGGAGGGGCUCUCACAGACAUUGUGACUCACACCAGGAUGAACGAGGAGCAGAUUGCCACCGUGUGCCUGUCGGUGCUGAGGGCUCUGUCCUACCUGCACACGCAGGGCGUCAUCCACCGCGACAUCAAGAGCGACUCCAUUCUGCUGACCAGCGACGGCCGGAUCAAGCUCUCCGACUUUGGCUUCUGCGCCCAAGUUUCCAAAGAAGUGCCCAAGAGGAAGUCUCUGGUGGGCACGCCCUACUGGAUGGCGCCAGAGGUCAUUUCCAGACUGCCGUAUGGCACAGAGGUGGACAUCUGGUCUUUGGGCAUCAUGGUUAUCGAGAUGGUGGACGGGGAGCCCCCUUACUUCAAUGAGCCCCCUCUGCAGGCCAUGAGGAGGAUACGGGACAACCUGCCCCCCCGGCUAAAAGAAUCACACAAGGUGUCGUCGGUGCUGCGGUCCUUCCUGGACAUGAUGCUGGUCAGGGAGCCGUCACAGAGGGCCACCGCCCAGGAACUCCUCCAGCACCCCUUCCUGAAGAUGUCCGGCCCCCCCUCUUGCAUCGUUCCCCUCAUGAGACACUACCGCCAUCGCUGACCUAAUCCCGCCCACAUCCACUCCCCUCUUGGGCGGCUCCGCCCCCAUCCAGCCAAAUGCCGCAGUGGCUCUCCGCUGUAACCGCCGCGUAGUUUAGCUAGAGGAACAAACAUUUACAGAUAAAAGGAGGUAAAAUUAAGAUUUAAAAAGAUUCCUUUUUAUACCAUGAACUGAAAGGGUUUGGUGCCACAGACGCUCACUGAGCGUCCGGCGGGCGAAGGGCAGGGGGGCGGGGGCGGCUGCAGUCUUCUUCCUUUCCCAGAUGACGAGUCUUCAGCGAGACUCCUGGUAGCCAUCAGCCUUCCAAAGCUUCAGAAAGGUGUGGCGAGCAGCUGAGCGGCUGGUGGAGCCGACCACGCCGUGCCCCCCCAAGGCAGAGCGACGGAGGCGGGGGCAACAAUCAGCCUGAACGGAGGGGUUUUUCACUGAGGACCGGCUCCUGCUAAACUGACGAGCUCUCUUCAGUCUUCUCCAAAUGUAUUUUAGAGGAACUUGUAUUUCUGUACAGUUUUGAUAAUUUGCAGUAUUUUAUUGUGUCGUAACAAUUGUGAUAUGAGCAGUAUUAAUAGAGUUUCUGCAGAGAUUUUUCAUACCGUUUUUAAUCCAUUUUUUUGCUUAAAAUUACGAAAUAUUCCAAAUAAAUCCACCUAAACACGAGUGUUGCUAAAAGUAAUAUAUUUAUGAACUCAUAUUUGUAGACAGAACUUCCAUUAAAUGUUGGAAAAAAAGGGUAAAGUUCAAAUUUUGUACAAUAUUUUAAAGUAUUUAUUUAUUUAUUGAAAGGGAAGGUAUAUUUUUGUUUGUAGUGUGGCCUUUUUUUUCCUUUUCUUCUUCUUCCUUUCGUCUGGGGAUUUUUGGUUUAAAGAACGUCGGCUUUUAUGUCCUCCAAGCAAUACCGCAAACCGGUUUCUAAAAUCACACUGUUACCGUUUAAAUGUAGCACAGAUAAGAGUUUGGCAAAAAAAAAAAAAAAAAACACUUCACUGAACAUUUUUGCUUCUUUUAUGGCAGCCUCCUUGUGUGUUUUUUUCAUGGAGGGGGGUCCUUUCUACUGCGCCGGUCUGUCAUCGUCACUGAAACGGAGAACGGUGAAGCCCCGCCCCCCUCUAACCACAUCGUUUUGACCCCGUCCCUCACUGUGAUCUGUAAAUACGACGGUGCGCGUGCGGGAGGAGUGUGUUUGUACAGACCCUGAGAGCAGGUGUGUGUUUGUCGUGAGCUAAACCUCCACCGUGUGUUCAGAUCUGAAUGAGUUACACUUUAAUGUGGUUCUGGCCUGUACACUGAAACUGCAUGUUUGUUAUCGGUGAAUCUGGUUUCAAUUAAAAAAAGACGCUAAAGCAGGAAAACAUC